AUGGAGAAUAUUCAGAGGAAUCCAUUGAUGACGCAUCUACUAAUGAAACAAAGGAGUCAUUGCAUUACAAUAGAAGAAUUAGAUAGCAACAACGAGUCAUCAAUUCGAUCUACUAAUGAAACAGAGGAAUCCAUUGAUGAUGCAUCUAUUGUUCUCAUGCGAAAGCGUUUGAAAGAUUUUGGUGGAAGCGGAAUCCAAAUCUCGGAAAUUAGGAGCUCUGUUUGCAUAUUUAGAGCCCCUCAAAGCUUCAGAGAAAUCAGUUGCGAGGCUGCUAUUGACCCAGAAAUGGUGUCAAUAGGCCCUUAUCACCAUGGCAAAAAUCAGGUCCAAAGAUUUGAAGGUUACAAAUGGCGGUAUCUUCGUUCCCUACUUUCUCGAACAGAGGCAAUGGGGGUCGAUUUACGCCAGUUAAGGGAGGCCAUGAAAGGAUUAGAGAGCGAGGCAAGAAGUUGUUACUCAGAGCCCAUUCCAAUGUCAAGCAACGAUUUCAUUCAUAUGAUGGUACUUGAUGGUUGCUUUAUUGUUGAGCUCUUACAUCAAGUUUGCGAAAGUCAAGGUUCUGAAAAUGUCAACAUCCCAAUCUUCAUGAAAGACCUCCUUAAGCUUGAAAACCAACUUCCUUUAUUUGUUCUUCAGAAGCUAUAUGAUUUCUCCAUUGGCAAUGGUGACCAAGAUCCCCAUAGAGAAUUUCUUUCAGAUGAGAACCCCACCAAUAUUACUUUGCCUGCUUUAAAAUUCUUUCGUCCUGCUCUCCCAAUGUCUCUUAGCUCACUUGAAAGUCCAAAAAUUUUGAAACGCUAUCAUCUACUUGACUUGUUUCACGAAAGCUUCCAACCCUCAAGAUAUUUUGAACCAAUGUUGGGGUCUAUAUGCUCUCCUUCCACAUCACAUGGAUUACAAGAAUAUAGUAGCCCAUUGUGUAAUCGGUCAAUGCCAUGUGUGACACAACUCCGACUUACUGGGAUCAAGUUCAGCCCAGCCAAAAGCACUACUGAUAGCUUCUUGGAGAUAAAUUUCGACCAAGGGGUGCUAGAAAUCCAACCUAUAACCAUCAAUGAUUUCACCAGUACCGCCUUAAUCAAUUGUGCCGCCUUAGAACAAUGCCUCCAACAUACCCAUACAUGUUUUUCUGCAUAUAUUGCUUUCAUGAGUAGUCUCAUCAACUCAGCGAGAGACGUUACAUUCCUUUGUGAUGAUGGAAUUAUCGCCAAUUCCUCCUACAAUGAUCUACGUAUUGCUCAUCUUUUCAAAAAAUUGGGAGAAAAUGUUGAGUUCAAUAUUAGAGAUCUUUACCUCUCUAAGCAAUUCAGAGAUGUGGAGGCCUACUAUAGAAGCCACUGGGCAUCUUUGAGGCGUAAAUAUUUUAGCAAUCCGUGGAGAUCUAUCUCGGUUGUCACAGCCUCUGUUCUACUGUUGUUGGCGGGAAUACAAGCAAUUAUGAACAUUUUGAGCUACAAGGUCCAUCAUAGUUAA